GCAGACGCGAAAAUCCGCGAGGUAGGCGACAUUCGCUGACCUCUGUCGAGUGUCGUGCCUCCGUGCUCCGAGCCAAUCACCGGGCCGUGUCCUUUCACUGCCGGAAUUCGAAACGUGCAGCAAAAGGAAAGGAAAAGCAGGAGAGGCCGCGUACGGUAUCCUAUUCCGACUUCGAUUGGCCGAGUAAUGUACGAUCGGGGGCCGCGACCGGACUCGUCGAAGGCCUCUCCGUACGUCGUCGCGAGCCAAAUCCGGGUAACUGGAAGUGUCGAAAGAUCGUCGCGCGACUUUUUCCGUUUGUAAAUCCUCUCCCUUCUCGCGUCUCGUCCCGCUCUCGAUCGCUCGUCCGUGGAAAACGGUAACAGUUGGCGCGAACAAUCGUCGCGCCCGCCUGUUAUUUGGACUACAGAUUGACACGCGCGCCGAUAAGGUCUCCCCGCGCAAAUAUGUUGACGUGUUACAUAUCCGCGUUGCAAUGCGAGUGGAUCGAGAAUCGCAGAGGAUGGCAUCCGAUCGGCGUGCCGCAGUCGCAAUUAAAGAAUAACGUCAACGUCGAAGGCGCCACUCACAAACAGGUGGUGGAUCUUAUCAAAUCGGGUGGCGAUGUUCUUACCUUGACCGUUAUCUCCGUGACGCCGCAGGAAGCGGAGAGGCUAGAGCCCUGCGAGGAUUUGAGUUAUGCAUCGGUGGAUUACAGCGAGAAGCGAUCUUUGCCCAUCAGCGUGCCCGAUUAUCACGUUCGCGAGAGAAAACACGAGCGUUACGUAGUCUUCAACGUCCAUAUGGCCGGCAGGCACUUGUGCUCGCGUCGAUAUCGGGAGUUCGCCGCGUUGCACAUGGCAUUGAAGAAGGAGUUCAUAGGCUUCAAUUUCCCGAAGCUACCAGGAAAAUGGCCGUUCCAAUUGAGCGAGCAACAGCUCGAUGCGAGAAGACGCGGCCUCGAACAGUAUUUGGAGAAGGUGUGUGCGGUGCGGGUGAUAGCCGAGAGCGACGCGAUGCAGGAGUUCCUGACCGAUCGAUUGGAGGAGGACGGGGAUCAGGGACCGGCGGUCGAUCUCAAGGUUCUACUGCCGGAUCGGGAAGUCGUCACCGUGACGGUCCCGAAAGCGGCGUCGGUGAAGGACGUCUACGAUGCGGUUUGUUCUCGAGUCGGCUUAGACGCGGAGACGGCCAAGUACUUUUACCUGUUCGAGAUCGUCGAGUACAAUUUUGAGCGGAAGCUGCAACCUCACGAACACCCGCAUACUUUAUACAUUCAGAAUUAUUCGACCGCCAGUGCGACGUGUCUAGCGAUAAGGAGGUGGCUUUUCAAUGUGAAUAGACCUCUGAGCGAGCAUGCGUUGACUUGGAUAUUCUGGCAGACGAUCGACGAGGUGAACAGGGGUCACAUCACCGCGGGCGAACGAUUGUAUCAAUUGAAGGCUCUACAAGAUGCGUCCAGAAAGCACGAGUAUUUGAAACUGGCAAGGGAACUCAGCGGUUACGGGGACAUCGUUUUCCCGCAUUGCGCGUGCGACUCGAGGAAGGAGGGCCACGUGAUACCGGCAGUAGGAACGGCCGCUUUCAAGCUUCACGCCGCCAAGGAGGACGGUACUCUUGAGUCGCAGGUGGUGGAAUUUCAAUGGAGCACCAUUGCCCGAUGGGAGGUGGACGAGGAUGGGAUGGCGUUCUGCUUCCAAUAUACGCGCCAGGACAAUCGUCCGCCGCGUUGGCUCAAAGUCUUCACACCUUACUAUACCUUCCUCUCGGACUGCUUCGAUCGAAUAGCCGAGGAGGCUAAAUGGGAUGACCCAGGGGAAUGACGUAAUGCUCGACGCUAAGAUGCAAUCGGUGCGUAAUUGAUUGGCGGUGUUUUUCCCAGCGCAUUCGCCUCUCUCCGAAAUUUUUCAUUUUAGGAGAUUUAGCGAUCUUGUAGACCGAGUCGGCGUUAGUGCGUGUACCUUUAGCAUAUCAGAUUGUUCCAUCUGUUGGCUUCAUUAUUACGGAUGCUGCUGAUCGGGAGGGAGCGUUUGCUCGCUUACGUUAUUAUCGGAUAAACACGCGUUUAAAUGUAAAUACCCAUCCCGGUGAAAGAUACCGGAAUGAAAUUACGAACAUUCGAUAUAUACGAGACAUUCAUAGAUAGGAAUUAUAUUCUGUUUGAGAACAGAAUGCGAUGAAUGAAUUUACGCCAUGCUCGACCGUGCUCGAAUCUGGCGUAGCUUUCUCUCGACGACGUGGUGUAAUUAAUAAAUCUAAUUUUUAUAUAAAUACAGUUCGAGCUCUUUUGUUUUCGUCGCGACGAGAUACGUGCCGUUUCUUCUUUCUUUUACGAAGGACGAAAUUGCACACGCGAGGGCACGCAAGAGAAUAAAAAAAAAUACGUUAGUGUACAGUAACGUAGACUAUUAUAUCACGGGCAGAUACGAUCGUUCGCCUAGAAAAAAAGAAAAAAAAAAUAAAACCACCUAUCCCUUUGGCCUAUAAGUUGUUACACAUAUAGCGCGCAAUUCUCGAUCAUCGAUCGAACUAUACAUAAACGUUCCUCCCUGCUCGCCUAAUAGAAACCUGAAACUCUCCUUCCGUUUUGGAUCUGAGUGUGAGCGUGUUCGAGAUGCGCAUUUUUUAAUGCGCAAUAUUUCAUAAUUUCGUAUGUACGAGUUUCUGUCAAUUCGUUACGCAGGAUAGUUUAAAUCGAGUACAUUUGUAAAGGUGAUUUUUAGAAAGUCAAUCUCAAUAUAAUCCGAUUCAUCGUCGCGAUAAGCUUUCUCGUUGAUAUUUUUUUUUUUUUCCGAUUAAGAGGAUGAAUUUUGAAAGAAGAAAUAGAUACAUAUCACACAUUAUAGGCUCAUUGACAAUAGCGUUAUACGCACGAAAUUGAAAGAGAUUCUCUUUCUCUUAUCUUAUCCUUUAAAUUAUCCUGUGUAACAAGGAUUUCCUUAAUGCACACGCAAUCUAUGUGUAACGAAUCGAUCAAUCGGUCCUCUACACGUUUUAUUAAUUCAUUAAUAUAUAUAUAUAUAUAUAUAUAUAUAUAUAUAUAUAUAUAUACAUAUAUAUAUAUAUAGGGUAUUAGCGUUAAUGAAAGAUAGAGAAGAGAAAUUGUAAAUAUCAAUGUUAAAAAUAUACUUUUUUUUUAGGAAGAAA